AUGGCCGCGGGCGAAAUGGAUGAUCCGCAGCCUCUACCGGAGCCUUCCACUGCAUCCUCGGCAUCCAGUGCCGAUGUUUACCCGGAGGAGCACAAGCGACCCGGCGACUGCUUCUUCAGCUGCGGCGGAGGGGACACGCUCGGCCUGCGCCAGUGGCUCGGUGCGGCCUUAACCGUCCUGUUCGGAAUCGGCUUUGCAGUCGGCGAGACUAAGACAGAUUUACCCGAGGCACAGUACAGGACCCUUGCCGUGACAAGCGUGGUGGCGACGCUGUGGAUUUGCGAGGUACUUCCCAUUCCCAUCACCGGCAUGUUGGUGGGUCCACUGCUCUACCUCUCUGGCGUCUGCUCCUUCGAGGAUGCCCUGAGCCCCUACAUGAGCAACCUGACACUGGUCCUCUUCGGCAGCUCCAUGAUUGCCUUGGCCAUGGAGCGGCAUGGAUUGGACUUCCGCUUCGCAGAUGCCGUGGCCUCCUGCAGAUGGGUGGGGAAAUCACCGACUCGACUCCGCGGAGCGAUAAUGGUUGCUGGCUGCCUGCUUUCCAUGUGGAUCACCAACACAGGAGCAACCUACAUCCUCACCCCUAUCGUCAUGAGAUCGAUGGGUGCGACGCGCGGCAGGCCACUCCAUAGCCAACGUGCGCAGCAGACGCUGACGGGGAGCCUCCUCUCUGUGGCGUAUGCUUGCAACUGCGGUGGCAUGGGAACGAUGGUCGGCACUCCUUCGAAUCUGGUGGUCACGAGAUACCUCGCCGAAGAAGGAGUUCAUAUCGGAUUCGUCAGCUGGCUGACCUUCGGUGUGCCCGCAGCCCUGCUUGUCACCACCGUGUGCUAUGGGUCUUUGUUCCUAUGCUAUCGCCCGCAGACAGCUGCGAAUGUGGAGGUGCUGCACAGCUCGCACCCUGUGGCAUGGACGCGCGGGGAAAAGGCGGUCCUGGGAAGCUUUCUACUCACCCUCGGGCUGUGGAUCAUCCCAUCCAUCUACAGCCUCGCUGGUGGACCCGGCCACCAGGAGCUCGAAAGCAAGCUGAAGGCUGGGAUAUCCGUGAUUCUGGGCACUGUGCCCUUGUAUCUGAUCCCGGACACUGGCAACUGCCGGGUGAUGCCCUGGUCGACAGCGCAGAAGGCAGACUGGGGCAUCAUCAUGCUGAUUGGUGGCGGCGUGGUCCUAGGCAAGCGGAUGCUCUCCACUGGCUUGGCAGAUACGAUUGCGGCGUACCUGAUAGCCGUCACUGGCAUCACGAGCGUCUGGCUGCUGGCUCUCGUCGGCAUCCUGUGCACCAUCUUCCUGACCGAAGUGACCUCCAAUACCGCGACUACGAGUCUAAUGGUCCCCAUGAUCAUGGCAAUCAGCAAGGCGAUAAACCCGGAUCCACGCCUGGCAGCCGCGCCGGCUGUGGGUGUGGCUUUGGCAGCGAGCUGUGCUUUCAUGCUUCCCAUCGCCACGCCGCCCAACUACAUCAUCGUGGAGACCGGACAUGUGGACAUGGGGAGCAUGGCGAAAGUUGGCGUCUUGACGAAUGUCCUCGCCGCCUUCGCUCUGUGGAUCGUCCUGCGCCUUUUUCUUCCACUGGUGGUUUGA